AUGAAUAAAAGCAAGACUAUAUACUGUAUGUACCCCACCACGCAGAUACAAUACAUUCUAUAUACUGUAUGUACCCCACAACGCAGCAAAUAUAAUACAUUCUAUAUACUGUAUGUGCCCCACCACACAGAUACAAUACAUUCUAUAUACUGUAUGUACCCCACCAGGCAGCAUAUACAGUACAUUCUAUAUACUGUAUGUACCUCACCACGCAGCAAAUAUAAUACAUUCUAUAUACUGUAUGUACCCCACCACACAGAUACAAUACAUUCUAUAUACUGUAUGUACCCCACCGGGCAGCAGAUACAAUACAUUCUAUAUACUGUAUGUACCACCAGCUGAUACAAUACAUUCUAUAUACUGUAUGUACCCCACCACGCAGAUACAAUACAUUCUAUAUACUGUAUGUACCCCACCAGGCAGCAUAUACAGUACAUUCUAUAUACUGUAUGUACCUCACCACGCAGCAAAUACAAUACAUUCUAUAUACUGUAUGUACCCCACCACGCAGAUAUAAUACAUUCUAUAUACUGUAUGUACCCCACCAGGCAGUAGAUACAAUACAUUCUAUAUACUGUAUGUACCCCACCACGCAGAUACAAUACAUUCUAUAUACUGUAUGUACCGCAGGGUUUCUUUGCUGUUUUAAACAGCAACCCUUCCUUUUUCAGUGUCUGAGUUUUCAACAGGGGUUAACGAUCAGCUCCUUCAGUAUCUUGCAAACAUAUUUUCUUUCUUCUUUGUGUCACUUAAAAUAUCACACAAUCAGUCUUACUUCAAUUGUCUGAACUGAAGCUUUAUUCUCUUCUCCAACAGUCAGUUCUUACAAAUUCAUUAAUGUCAAAUGGCCAGCAGGUGGCGGUAUUGGCUGUAAAUGAAUAAAAGCAAGACUAUAUACUGUAUGUACCCCACCACGCAGAUACAAUACAUUCUAUAUACUGUAUGUACCCCACAACGCAGCAAAUAUAAUACAUUCUAUAUACUGUAUGUGCCCCACCACACAGAUACAAUACAUUCUAUAUACUGUAUGUACCCCACCACACAGAUACAAUACAUUCUAUAUACUGUAUGUACCCCACCGGGCAGCAGAUACAAUACAUUCUAUAUACUGUAUGUACCACCAGCUGAUACAAUACAUUCUAUAUACUGUAUGUACCCCACCACGCAGAUACAAUACAUUCUAUAUACUGUAUGUACCCCACCAGGCAGCAUAUACAGUACAUUCUAUAUACUGUAUGUACCUCACCACGCAGCAAAUACAAUACAUUCUAUAUACUGUAUGUACCCCACCACGCAGAUAUAAUACAUUCUAUAUACUGUAUGUACCCCACCAGGCAGUAGAUACAAUACAUUCUAUAUACUGUAUGUACCCCACCACGCAGAUACAAUACAUUCUAUAUACUGUAUGUACCGCAGGGUUUCUUUGCUGUUUUAAACAGCAACCCUUCCUUUUUCAGUGUCUGAGUUUUCAACAGGGGUUAACGAUCAGCUCCUUCAGUAUCUUGCCACGGUUACUCACCUGAGAAUAGUAAUUAACCCUGCUGCUAAUCAGUGCAGCCUAUUUAAAGGACCACUAUAGUGCCAGGAAAACAUACGUGUUUUCCUGGCACUAUAGUGUCCUGAGGGUGCCCCCACCCUCAGGGUCCCCCUCCCGCCGGGCUCUGGGGAGAGGAAGGGGUUAAAAUCUUACCUUUCUCCGGCGCCGGACGGGGAGCUCUCCUCCUUCAUAGCGACGUCAUCGGCUGAAUGCGCAUGCGCAGCAGGAGCCGCGCGCGCAUUCAGCCAGUUCAUAGGAAAGCAUUUAUAAUGCUUUCCUAUGGAUGCUGGCGUCUUCUCACUGUGAUUUUCACAGUGAGAAGUACGCAAGAGCCUCUAGUGGCUGUCAAUGAGACAGCCACUAGUGGCUCUAGAGGCUGGAUUAACCUAUUUAUAAACAUAGCAGUUUCUCUGAAAGUGCUAUGUUUAUAAAAAAAAUAAAUAAAAAAAAGGGGACCUGGACCUGGCACCCAGACCACUUCAUUAAGCUGAAGUGGUCUGGGUGCCUAUAGUGGUCCUUUAAGCAGCUAAUCCCAGUACCUCCUUGCCCUUGCGUGGUUUCUUUGUUAUUUAUUAAGGUGUUUUUGCAUCUAGUUCUGUCUCUUUCUGGUUCCUGGUCCCUAACAGUACCCCACCAUGCUGAGCCAAUACAUUCUAUAUACUGUGUGUACCCCACCACACAGCAGAUUUUAUAUACUGUAUGUACCCCACCAGGCAGCAGAUACAAUACAUUCUAUAUACUGUAUGUACUACACCACGCAGAUACAAUACAUUCUAUAUAGUGAUGCACCUAUGUAGGAGGAACAGUCUCUAUUCUGCUCUGUGUCAGUGUGUAUCAGGGGCUCUGAGGACAGGUGUCAAUCCAUAUCUGCCAAGUGACCCCAUGUAGGGGGAACAGUCUCUAUUCUGCUCUGUGUCAGUGUGUAUCAUGGUCUCUGAGGACAGGUGUCAAUCCAUAUCUGCCAAGUGACCCUAUGUAGGGGGAACAGUCUCUAUUCUGCUCUGUGUCAGUGUGUAUCAUGGUCUCUGAGGACAGGUGUCAAUCCAUAUCUGCCAAGUGACCCUAUGUAGGAGGAACAGUCGCUAUUCUGUUCUGUGUCAGUGUGUAUCAGGGAUCCUUAGGACAGGUGUCAAUCCAUAUCUGCCAAGUGACCCUAUGUAGGAGAACAGUCUCUAUUCUGCUCUGUGUCAGUGUGUAUCAUGGUCUCUGAGGACAGGUGUCAAUCCAUAUCCGCCAAGUGACCCUAUGUAGGGGGAACAGUCUCUAUUCUGCUCUGUGUCAGUGUGUAUCAUGGUCUCUGAGGACAGGUGUCAAUCCAUAUCUGCCAAGUGACCCUAUGUAGGGGGGAACAGUCUCUAUUCUGCUCUGUGUCAGUGUGUAUCAUGGUCUCUGAGGACAGGUGUCAAUCCAUAUCUGCCAAGUGACCCUAUGUAGGGUAACAGUCCCUAUUCUGAUCUGUGUCAGUGUGUAUCAGGGGCUCUGAGGACAGGUGUCAAUCCAUAUCUGCCAAGUGACCCCAUGUAGGAGGAACAGUCCCUAUUCUGCUCUGUGUCAGUGUGUAUCAGGGAUCCCUAGGACAGGUGUCAAUCCAUAUCUGCCAAGUGACCCUAUGUAGGGGAAACAGUCUCUAUUCUGCUCUGUGUCAGUGUGUAUCAUAGUCUCUGAGGACAGGUGUCAAUCCAUAUCUGCCAAGUGACCCCAUGUAGGGGAAACAGUCUCUAUUCUGCUCUGUGUCAGUGUGUAUCAGGGAUCCUUAGGACAGGUGUCAAUCCAUAUCUGCCAAGUGACCCUAUGUAGGGGGAACAGUCUCUAUUCUGCUCUGUGUCAGUGUGUAUCAGGGAUCCUCAGGACAGGUGUCAAUCCAUAUCUGCCAAGUGACCCUAUGUUGGGGUAACAUUCCCUAUUCUGCUCUGUGUCAGUGUGUAUCAGGGGCUCUGAGGACAGGUGUCAAUCCAUAUCUGCCAAGUGACCCUAUGUAGGGGAACAGUCUCUAUUCUGCUAUGUGUCAGUGUGUAUCAUGAUCUCUGAAGACAGGUGUCAAUCCAUAUCUGCCAAGUGACCCUAUGUAGGAGAACAGUCUCUAUUCUGCUCUGUGUCGGUGUGUAUCAUGGUCUCUGAGGACAGGUGUCAAUCCAUAUCUGCCAAGUGACCCUAUGUAGGGGAAACAGUCUCUAUUCUGCUCUGUGUCGGUGUGUAUCAUGGUCUCUGAGGACAGGUGUCAAUCCAUAUCUGCCAAGUGACCCUAUGUAGGGGGAACAGUCUCUCUUCUGCUCUGUGUCAGUGUGUAUCAUGAUCUCUGAGGACAGGUGUCAAUCCAUAUCUGCCAAGUGACCCUAUGUAGGGGGAACAGUCUCUAUUCUGCUCUGUGUCAGUGUGUAUCAUGGUCUCUGAGGACAUGUGUCAAUCCAUACCUGCCAAGUGACCCUAUGUAGGGGGAACAGUCUCUAUUCUGCUCUUUGUCAGUGUGUAUCAGGGAUCCUUAGGAUAGGUGUCAAUCCAUAUCUGCCAAGUGACCCUAUGUAGGGGUACCAGUCCCUAUUCUGUUGAGUGUCCGUGUGCAUCAGGGGCUCUGAGGACAGGUGUCAAUCCAUAUGUCAAGGUGUCAAUAUGUCAUAUGUCAGGUGUCAAUCCAUAUUCAUUGUGAUUUAGGAAUGUUAGGUGAUUUCUGCCCUUUUUGGAUUAAAACCAGACUCUGCAUCAACUGUGUAAUUUUCCAUCUGAGUUUUGCCAUGGAUCCCCCUCUGGCAUGCCACAGUUCAGGUGUUAGUCUCCUUGAAACAACUUUUCCAUCCCUAUUGUGGCCAGAAAGAGUCCCUGUGAGUUUUAAAAUUCGCCUGCCCAUUGAAAAUUUUGUGUUCGCGACAUCACUAAUUCUAUAUACUGUAUGUACCCCACAACGCAGAUACAAUACAUUCUAUAUACUGUAUGUACUCCACCACACAGCAGAUACAAUACAUUUUAUAUACAGUAUGUACUCCACCACGCAGAUACAAUACAUUCUAUAUACUGUAUGUACCCCACCACACAUCAGAUACAAUACAUUCUAUAUACUGGCAGCAAAUACAAUUCAUUUUAUAUGCUGUAUGUACCCCACCACACAGCAGAUACAAUACAUUCUAUAUACUGUAUGUACCCCACCACGCAGCUAGACAUUGAUAUUAUAAUAAUAGUAAUUAGACUUGGAAAUAUUUUGGUAUGAACUGUCAUUUGGCUGAAUUUGGGCAGAUAAGAUGAUCAGUCAAAUUCCUGAACUCCGAGUCAAGAUGUAGUCAAGUCAGCAGGAUUAAAUUAAUGGAACACUACAGGCAUCAUAACCACUACAGUUUCCAGGAGUGCAGGUCUUAGCUCAUUGACUGAGAUCUUCAGCUGAUCACGGUCAGUCAAUGAGCUAACACCUAAUUUGUGGGGCAUAGUGCAGGAGAGCUAACAGCAUUAGUAGUGGAAUGAAAGCGGUAAUGAGACCCCAGCUAAGAAGUCAAACUGUUCAGAAAUAUUUUGACAAAUUACAAUGGGGAACAACAGCAAGAUGUAGUGGUUAUGGUGCGUAAAGUGUUCCUUUAACAAAGUAACAGUGUGAAGGCAAACAAAACCUCUUCAUUAUAAUCACAUUAGUGAACUCUGAACUAACAGUGACUGUAUUCUCUGAGCUGACAGAGUCACACCCAGAGUGUCACCUGUACGGCUCUGUCACAGCAGGUCUCUCCCCGACAUGGCAUACAAAAGAUGCAGAUUUAUGAAUCUUAUUAUUAUUUCUAUAUUAUUUGUAGCAUUUUACAGCUUCUACAGGAUUAUUAGUGAUCGAGUCUGUUACUGCCCAAGGUAAGUACAUUUUUAUAUGAAUUUUAUGUAACAAUUGUGUUACAUUUUAACUAUAGGGAAUUUACACGCCUCCUUCCUGAAGAAUUUGUUAAAUUUUUACAUUUAACAUAAAAAACCAAACGCUCAGUAUUUUUGAAUCUGCAUUGAAGUUCGUCUUUAGUUGUAUAUAUGUAAGGUUUUUUUAAUUAGCAAUAAUUGCAACCUACUUUUAUAACUUGUUAUAAAUUAUCCAGAAUUCUUGUAAUUCACUCUGCAGACGGUUCUCAAUCAGGAAAAGUGCCGAUUCCAGAAUGCUACCGAUUUAACCGCUUGCUUGCCGAGUUAUUUUUAUUUAAGAAAUAACAUUUAUUUGCAGACAGGAUGCAGGAAAAUAUAGAGAGAAUGAUCCACUUUGGAUAAUAGAAGAAUAUCUGAUAUCUAACAAAAGGAUGUUAGAAAGAAUUGCCGUCGUUUACAGGAAAAGGAAAUAUUUAGUUACAUGAGGGUAAAAUCUAUUCUUAUAAAAUCCUUAAUGAAACAAUGAGAAUAUAAAAGAAAACUGAAGGAGCGAUUUACAAAAUUGAGAAUUUUUUUAAAACGAAUUUCUAAAUGCUUCCACUUGUCAGAGACAUGAUAGAACCUCGAGUGGAAUCUAAACGAUUCCCUCUAACAUGUAAACUCACUGAGCAGGCCCUCAAUCCCUCUGUUACUGUGUCACUAUACCCCACUCCCUCUAACAUGUAAACUCACUGAGCAGGGACCUCAAUCCCUCUGUUACUGUGUCACUAUACCCACUCCCUCUAACAUGUAAACUCACUGAGCAGGCCCUCAAUCCCUCUGUUACUGUGUCACUAUACCCCACUCCCUCUAACAUGUAAACUCACUGAGCAGGCCCUCAAUCCCUCUGUUACUGUGUCACUAUACCCCACUCCCUCUAACAUGUAAACUCACUGAGCAGGGCCCUCAAUCCCUCUGUUACUGUGUCACUAUACCCCACUCCCUCUAACAUGUAAACUCACUGAGCAGGCCCUCAAUCCCUCUGUUACUGUGUCACUAUACCCCACUCCCUCUAACAUGUAAACUCACUGAGCAGGCCCUCAAUCCCUCUGUUACUGUGUCACUAUACCCCACUCCCUCUAACAUGUAAACUCACUGAGCAGGCCCUCAAUCCCUCUGUUACUGUGUCACUAUACCCCACUCCCUCUAACAUGUAAACUCACUGAGCAGGCCCUCAAUCCCUCUGUUACUGUGUCACUAUACCCCACUCCCUCUAACAUGCAAACUCACUGAGCAGGGCCCUCAAUCCCUCUGUUACUGUCACUAUACCCACUCCCCUAACGUGUAAACUCACUGAGCAGGGCCCUCAAUCCCUCUGUUACUGUGUCACUAUACCCCACUCCCUCUAACAUGUAAACUCACUGAGCAGGGCCCUCAAUCCCUCUGUUACUGUGUCACUAUACCCCACUCCCUCUAACAUGUAAACUCACUGAGCAGGGCCCUCAAUCCCUCUGUUACUGUGUCACUAUACCCCACUCCCUCUAACAUGUAAACUCACUGAGCAGGGCCCUCAAUCCCUCUGUUACUGUGUCACUAUACCCCACUCCCUCUAACAUGUAAACUCACUGAGCAGGGCCCCCUAACCCUCCAUUACUGUGUCACUAUACCCCACCUCUAACAUGUAAACUCACUGAGCAGGCCCUCAAUCCCUCUGUUACUGUCACUAUACCCCACUCCCUCUUAACAUGUAAACUCACUGAGCAGGGCCUCAAUCCCUCUGUUACUGUGUCACUAUACCCCACUCCCUCUAACAUGUAACCUCACUGAGCAGGCCCUCAAUCCCUCUGUUACUGUCACUAUACCCCACUCCCUCUAACAUGUAAACUCACUGAGUAGGGCCCUCAAUCCCUCUGUUACCGUGUCAGUAUACCCCACUCCCUCUAACAUGUAAACUCAUUGAGCAGGGCCCUCAACCCCUCUGUUCCUGUGUUACUGUGUCACUAUACCCCACUCCCUCUAACAUGUAAACUCACUGAGCAGGGCCCUCAAUCCCUCUGUUACUGUGUCACUAUACCCAGCUCCCUCUAACAUGUAAACUCACUGAGCAGGCCCCCUCAACUUCUGUUACCAAUACUAUACCCCACCCUCUAACGUGAAACCUCACUGGAGUAGGACCCCAACCUCUGUUACUGUGUCACUACAUACCCCACUCCCUCCAACGUAAACUCACUCGAGCAGGGACCCCAAUCCCUCCUGUUACUGUGUCACCAUACCCCACUCCCCCAAACUCACUGAGCAGGGCCCUCAAUCCCCUCUGUUACUGUCACUAUACCCCACCCCCAACGUAAACCUCACUCGAGCAGGCCCCUCAAUCCCUCUGUUACUGUGUCACUAUAACCCACUCCCUCUAACAUGUAAACUCCACUGAGCAGGCCCUCAAUCCCUCUGUUACUGUGUCACUAUAACCCACUCCCUCUAACAUGUAAACUCACUGAGCCGGGCCCUCAAUCCCUCUGUUACUGUGUCACUAUACCCCACUCCCUCUAACAUGUAAACUCACUGAGCAGGGCCCUCAAUCCCUCUGUUACUGUGUCACUAUACCCACCCCCUCUAACAUGUAAACUCACUGAGCAGGGCCCUCAAUCCCUCUGUUACUGUGUCACUAUACCCCACUCCCUCUAACAUGUAAACUCACUGAGCAGGGCCCUCAAUCCCUCUGUUACUGUGUCACUAUACCCCACUCCCUCUAACAUGUAAACUCACUGAGCAGGCCCUCAAUCCCUCUGUUACUGUCACUAUACCCCACUCUCUCUAGCAUGUAAACUCACUGAGCAGGCCCACAAUCCCUCUGUUACUGUGUCACUAUACCCCACUCCCUCUAGCAUGUAAGCUCAUUGAGCAGGGCACUCAAUCCCUCUGUUCUAGUGCGUCCAUUUGUUUGGUUACAAUUAUGUGUGUUAGUCCACCCAUCAUACAGCGCUACGGAAUUUUGCUGGCGCUAUAGAAAUAAUAAUUGUAGCGCAAUAAUUGUUGGAAUUGUUGAAAUGGUGUCCCCUAUGUUACCUGCUCUGCACUUUGACCCCUGGCAAACUACGAGGAUCCAGAUCUGAUGACUUGCUUUUAUUGCUGUUUAUGUUUACAGAUCUCCCGUUCGGCCCAGACCGCUGUGGCAGCUGCUCCUGCUUCUCAAGCCGAGGCACGCAUUAAGAAAUUUGCCAUCUACAGAUGGGAUCCAGACAAGCCUGGCGAUAAGCCACGCAUGCAGACUUAUGAAAUCGAUUUAAAUAAGUGAGUGAAAGAGGGCGUAUUACUUCCGUUACAAGUAUAUUAUUUUCUAAACAUUGAAUACUAGGCCAUACAAUGUGCACAUGUUAAAGGAUCAGCGACUGAAAUAUUGAAUCUAUUUUACUAGGCUUCCAAAACAUGAUGUCUAUUCCUAUUCUGUAUAGUACAUUUUGCAAGAUUUGCAAAUAUUUAAUUCAUUUCUCCUAGACCUAUCUGCAAGCCUUGUGAUAUCUUGCCAGCUCUGAUCUUUCAUCUGUGAAGAACGGUCAAAAGUUACAUUCAUUUAAAAAAAUAAAAAUUAAUUCAAGUGUUGGCCGGUGUAUCAGUGUUAUAACAUGGAUCAUGACCUCUCUGUGUCAGUUAGAAAUGCCACAUAUUAUGUCUCUUAUGUAUCUUUAUGUUGUCUUAACACUUAUGGUUUGCUAAGCAUAAAUAAUAUAUAUAUAUAUAUAUAUAUAUAUAUAUUUUUUUUUUUUUUAAUUUUAUUUUUAUUAAAAAAAUAUUGUCCAACCUGUGUGUGUUUAUUCCUACCUUCCCCUGGUGUCUUGUGUUUUCAGGUGUGGUGCCAUGGUGCUGGACGCUUUAAUUAAGAUUAAGAAUGAGAUGGAUCCAACGCUGACGUUCCGCAGAUCGUGCAGAGAAGGUAAAGCUUUGAUAAUGAGCAUAUCCAGACUCUGAAUGAUAUCACACCACUUUUCUAAAUGGGACCUCUGUUACAGGUAUCUGUGGUUCCUGUGCGAUGAAUAUUAAUGGUGGAAACACCUUGGCAUGCACCUUAAAAAUAGAUGUCAAUCUCAAUAAAGUCUCCAAAAUCUACCCCCUGCCUCACAUGUAUGUCGUGAAGGAUCUAGUUCCGGUAAGGCGAAUAGGAUCUGUGUACUUUGUGCACGUAUCCUGUGGGUUAAACCUGUUAUACAUGACGUUAGGAGGCAAGCUGUUUAUGAUUAAUUCUAGAAGAGGAGCUAGUUAGGGGAUUAAAUCAGCUGUGGAUGAUGUGAGUUUUGGUCAAUGGGAGGGUAUAGAUUAGUUCUUGGGGUGGUAUAGAUCAGUAAUUUCUCACAUUAAAACGACGAUGAGAUCUUGGCUUACGAUAAACUGCGGCAUCUAAUGCAUUGCUUUAUGGUUUGUUUUGUUUUUUAUCCUGUUUGUAAGGAUUUGAGUAACUUCUAUGCUCAGUACAAAUCCAUUGAGCCCUAUCUGAAGAAAAAAGACGAGUCGAUGCAGGGCAAGGAGCAAUAUCUGCAAUCUAUAGAGGACAGAGACAAGCUGGUAAGCUCAAUAUCUGCACGUUCUACAAGUUAGUUUGUGACAAAUUCCACUCUCCUGAAGGACCACUGCCACAUCUAUUUUGUGUAAAAAAAAAAAAAAAAAAAAAAAGCUACAGCUCUAAAUCUCAUCAUCAAAACCAUCAGGGAGCAGAGAACGAAGACUUGUGUUAAUUCUGUCCAAGUUGACGUGUGCUGUCUGCAAGCCACGUGCACAGCUUAGGCUCUCACUUCUGCUGAGACUUGCACAUGGUCUUAAUUCACUAAGCAUUGACCUGGCCUAUGUGUAAACUGAUGGCACACAGACAGCAUGACUGCUAUCAGAAACCAAGCACUUCCACUCAUUCGAAGUGACGAGAUGAGUCAACUUAUACCAUAAUAAUUUGCAGUGUGGAGGCUUAUGGUAUUAGUCUCUUUCUGACCCACUAAGCAGUGCAUCGAAGGAAAUUGAUGGUGAGUAACUUUUCUGGAGUUUAUUUUUGCUUUUUAUUCUAAUAGUGGUUCAUACUUACCCUGUAGUUUUUGUUUAAUGUCUGUCUGCAGAUUUGUUACCAUAAGUAUGACUGGGGAUCUUUAUUUUACAGGAUGGGCUAUAUGAAUGCAUAUUGUGUGCCUGUUGCAGUACCAGCUGUCCCAGCUAUUGGUGGAAUGCAGACAAAUACCUUGGGCCUGCUGUUCUCAUGCAGGUAGGUGCUGUGCAUGGGAUUUGGUGUUUUAAUCGGUGGUAGAAGCUUCCCAUUUGAUAUCUUAAUUAGGAGGAAUCAUAUAGCUGAAGCAGAGUUUUGCAAAUCACAGCAGCUAUAAUUAACCUAUUUGAAGGGAGCCAGCCCUUUAACGCUUCUUGCAUCGUAAUGUAUUCAAGGACCAUAGGCGUCCUCAGCUCAUUUUAUUAGGGGGUGCACCGGGAAAGUCUUUCUUUGUUAUUUUGUAAUGUGAAAUUACCAAAGAAAAAUAAAUAAAGCCAAAAAGAUAUGUAGGAUACAUUUUAAGAAGGGUAUACAUAGUUUUAUUUAUGUCCUGAGAAGUGCACACCAUAGAAAGUCUACGUUAAUAUUAAAGGGACACUAUAGUCACCAGAACUACAGCUUAUUGAAAUUGUUCUGGUGAGUAGAAUCAUUACCUUCAGGCUUUUUGCUGUAAACACUGUCUUUUCAGAGAAAAUGCAGUGUUUACAUUACAGCCUAGUGAUAACUUCACUGGCCACUCCUUAGAUGACUGUUAGAGAUCCUUCCUGGGUCAUGGCUGCCUAAAAUGCAUCCAAACAUUCAGUAUCUCCUCCCUCUGCAUGCAGACACUGAACUUUCCUCAUAGAGAUUCAUUGAUUCAAUUCAUCUCUAUGAGGAGAUGCUGAUUGGCCAGGGCUGUGUUUGAAUCAUGCUGGCUCUUCCCCUGAUCUGCCUUUUUGUCAGUCUCAGCCAAUCCUAUGGGGAAGCAUUGUGAUUGGAUCAGGCUACCACUUCUGAUAAUGCCAGCAGACUGCUUGUUUUUCUGAUUCAAACAGCAUGCAGAGUUACAGCUUCAGGCUUGAAUACAGUAAGAUUUUGCUAUAUUUAUAGAGGCAGGGGGGCUAGAUGGUGGUUUUAAAACUAAAGGUUAAGAAUACAUGUUUGUGUUCUUGACCCUAUAGUGAUCCUUUAAAAAUAAAAACAUUUUAUUAGAAAUGUGUUUUAAAAUGAAAGAGAAACACUACAAUUACUGAAAGAAAAACCACCUUAAAAAAACAGAACAUAUCUAUGUUAAAGCAAGACUGGUAAAUAUGCUUAAAUGGGUGCUCUUAUUAUUAAAAGAUAAUGAUUUAUUAUAAUUGAGCAGUGGCACAAAUAAUUGUGCUAAGAGUCCAGAUUAAUGCUACUGAGCAAUGUGCUUUAAGGACCACUAUAGGCACCCAGACCACUUCAGCUUAAUGAAGUGGUCUGGGUGCCAGGUCCAGCUAGGGUUAACCCUUUUUUUAUAAACAUAGCUGUUUCAGAGAAACUACUAUGUUUAUAAUAUGGUAAUCCAGCCUCUAGAGCCUCUAGUGGCUGUCUUAUUGAUAGCCGCUAGAGGCGCUUGCGUGCUUCUCACUGUGAAAAUCACAGUGAGAAGACGCCAGCGUCCAUAGGAAAGCAUUGUAAAUGCUUUCCUAUGAACUGGCUGCGCGCGCAGCGCCUGCUGCGCAUUCAGCCGAUGUCGCUAUGGAGAAGAGGAGGUGGAAAACUCCCCGCCCGGAGCUGGAGAAAGGUAAGAUUUUAACCCCUUCCUCUCCCCAGAGCACGGCGGGAGGGGGUCCCUGAGGGUGGGAAAAAUGAAAAAUGAGUGUUUUCCUGGCACUAUAGUGGUCCUUUAAACAUUUCUGAAUAAUGCAAUCCCUGGCUUUAAGUGAUGUUGCCCCCUUUAUGAGUUAUAAAGCAGCAAAGCGAAAUAUGUUGUAUGAUAAAUCAUUAUCUUUUAUUAAGCCAAGAGGACCCAUUUAAGUAUAUAUACCCCAAUCUUGAUUUUACAGAGAUAUAUUAAUUUACAUGUGUUUUUUUUCUUUUUUUCAUUCAUUGUGAUUUUUUUAUUUUAAACACCUUUCUAACAAUGUAUUUUUAAUAUUAAUGUAUGAGGAGUUAUCGUAGACUUUCUAUGGUGUGCACUUUUUAGGACAUAUGAACUAUCUAUACCCUUCUAAAAAUUUAUUUAUGUAAUGUGAAUAUUCAGCUAUUGUUCCAGUUUGGCUUUAAAUUUGACAUUUACAUUGAAUCCACUUCCAGUCCUUACUUUAGUAACUAACUCUGUUUACUGUUGCAUUGUAGAGUGGGGUCCUUGCCCUUUGUGUUAUCACGUGGUUCCCCUCAAUGUGCAUUUCUCACAAUAUUCGCUUUUCGUGUCCAUUCGCCAGCACUUUUACUUCCUUCAUUGUGGUUUUCAGGCCUACCGCUGGAUGAUUGACACAAGGGACGACUUCACAGAGGAACGGUUAGCCCAGCUCCAGGAUCCUUUCUCUCUAUAUCGUUGCCACACCAUCAUGAACUGCACACGAACAUGUCCCAAGGUAACCUCCCCUUAUUUGUUACAGAUUACAAAUUAUUUACAUGUUUAUUUAUUUUUCCUGGGGCAACUUUCUGUUAAUCCGUUGGAAUACAGAUAUUUAUUUACUUUGAUUGAAAAACUUUUUCUCUCUCCCCCCUGUUGAUACCCCACAAUUCUUGUUUUAGUGAAUAAACCUUAAGUGACUGGGCAGAAGGGAAAUGAUAGUGGACAAGGCUACAAUAAAGGGACAUGGGGAAUGUCAAAAUUGAUGGAAGAAAUAAUUUCUAGGGUUUCAUACCCUCAGCUUGUGGUGUCCUGAUAACCCUUCAGUGCAGAGGCCUUGUCUCUCCUACCCCAGCACAGAGAGUAGUCUUACAAGCCCUUGUUGAAUCAGAUUGCUUUCACACAUAAAACCCAGACAAUCGGAUACUUGUGAUGUAUACAAACCAGGAAGUGAGAGGUGUUUCCAUGAACGGCUCGUUGCUAGCACUGCUAUGGGCAAAUCCAAAGCAACGUAUAUCUGAUUAAAGGGGCCGGAAACUUCAAUGGCCUUCGUGGGCAGUUAAUAUUUACUCUGGUGUAGUUUAGACCUUUUGACACACACAACAUAGUAUACAUGUCUGCAUAGAAACUGGUUACUGUUCCUGGUGCUGUUUCCAUUGUGUAGGAAUGUAUACUUUCAGUAUCUGUGAAUUAAUGCAAACUAUACUUCACCUCCUUAAUUAUACCGAAGAUGGCUCCUUCAAAUACAUACUUUCAUUUCCCCCACGACAAGUUAUAGCCAUUUAAAUAAUAAAUAAAAAAGUGAUCCAAAUGACUGCUAUGCUAUAGUUUGGGUCCUACUGGUUUAAAUCCAUGUGCUUUUGUUAUUUUCUUUGGGGUGGGAGGGUCUCUAAGGAUGAUUUUGGCUCUUAUAAACAGUAAUAUUGUUUAUUACCCAAUUAUUGCAUAUUAUGAUAUGGGUGUGUGCACUAAUGUAGAUUUUAUUUAUUUAUUAUUGCCACAUAUUACUAAGGAUUGCUAAACAAUCUUAAAAUGGAUGAAAAGGAAAUUUGAAUUACCAAACAUAAAAUCUUAAAUUUUCAGAUUUUAAAACCUGUUUUUUUUUUUUAAUAGUGCAUUGCCAUUCUCUCUCCCCUCUCUCUCUCUCCCUCUCUCUCUCUCUCCCCCCCCUCUCUCUCUCUCUCUCUCCCCCCUCUCUCCCCCUCUCUCUCCCCCCCCCCCCUCUUCUCCCCUUCUCUCCCCUCUCUCUCUCCCCCCCUCUCUCUCUCUCUCCCCCUUCUCCCCUUCUCUCCCUUCUCUCUCCCUCUCUCCCUCUCUCUCCCUCUCUCCCCCCUCUCUCUCUCCCUCUCUUCUCCCUCUCUCUCUCUCUCUCUCUCUCUCUCUCCCUCUCUCUCCUCUCUCUCCCUCUCUCUCUCCCCUCUCCCUCUCUUUCCCCUCUCUCUCUUCUCCCUCUCUCUCUUCUCUCCUCUCUUCUCCCUCUUCUCUUCCCUUCUCUCUCUCUCCCCUUCUCUCUCUCCCCUUCUCUCUCUCCCCUUCUCUCUCUCCCCUUCUCUCUCCCCCCUUCUCACUCAAUCGAGAACAACAAAUAAAGCAAUAAUGUAUGCAUUGCAUACAACAAUAUUUAAUAUUAAUGAUUUCAAUAAUCAUUUGAUAAACAUUUUAUUUUUAUAGAAUUGAAUUUUGUUUAUUUUGGUUCCCGCAUCACAAGAGUUAAAUCACAACUGUGUAAAAAUGUCACAAUAACAUCCUAGACAAAUAUAUGCUAAAUACUUGCAAUGUGAGAGAAUUUGUAGAUAAAAGCACAAGGAAUGAGAUUUGAGGCCUAGAAAGAAAGUAAUUUUUGAAAAUAAUUCUAUCCAAAAAGAAUUCACAGAUCAAUGGGUCCCAGGUGAGGGCAGACUAGGGAUUGUUGUAGGAAUGUCCUCCAAGAUGGCAUGGUAGCACACCAAAGUGGUAUGCUUGUCUAUAUUAUAAACUGCCAAAAGAGGGGAGACCGAAUGCCACUCCUGUGUAAAGCAUGUAUCUUGUAACCAGGAAAGACAAAGGGCAACAAUGUAGCUGUCAAUGGAAACAAAGUACAGGGGGAAAUAUCACAAUGUAUCCCAUACUUUAACUAACGUGUGUGUGUUCCAGUGGUCAAUAACCCAAAUCUUCCCAGUUAUUCCUGAUUUCAGUUAUCAGCUAUUCAAUGUGCAUAAAUUAUACUCUACUGUAAAUAACUUUUAUUUAUAUAUUUGUGUCUUUUAUUUGAUUUUAAGAAUUUAUGCAGUAAAGGAGUUUAGAGAACCUGAAGAAUGAUUUUUGUGUUUUUCGCUACUUGAUUUCAGGAAAUUUACCUUGUGCUAACCUCAAGUCUGCAUUAUUUUUCUCCACUCUAAUUCCAGGGUUUGAAUCCUGGCAAAGCCAUUGCCGAAAUUAAGAAGAUGAUGGCAACAUACAAAGAGAAAGUGGCCACUGCAUAG